AUGCAUUCCUCGUCCCCAGAAAGACCAUCAGUUAAGAUUACCUACGCCGGCAAGUCAAAGCGACAAAGGCCGUUUGCCCACGACUCUGUAUCACCGGCACCGAACACCGUACACGAUCGAGCAGAAGCCAAUGUCGCGUCAAAGGAUGCUACUCAGGCAGAGAAGCCUCCGUCCUCGUCGAAGAAGAAGUCUACAAUGAAGCGUCGUACCUCCCCCUCACCAUCCCCCAAGAUGCAACGCCCUCCCCCACUCCCAAGUCCCAAGGACGCGAAAGCCAUGCCGCCACCUACCGAAUUACCGAAUUCCCCACAUUCCCGCAAAUUAUCCAUAUCCUCUCUCAACCAAAUUUCUUGCCCCCCAAGGUCAUCUUCUCGAGCCUCCCUCUCUGAAUCUGGCUCUGCACCUUCUAUAACGACCCCAAAGAGUCCACCCGUGUCUAAGACCGAGACCUCUGUGGCUGAUGAUGAUGGAACGUCCGUCGGCCAAUCCUCGGUGGGGGAAUCCUCGAAGCCCCUACGGAAGCGAUUUGAACCCGAACGUAUCGCCUACUUGAAGGAUCAGCCCACAUACGCGCACGUCUCCCCUCAUAAGGCCUUGUGCACGAAGUGCGGCAAGAUCAUAUCUCUUGGCACGAAUCAAACUUACGCGAUCCGUCCCUGGAUAACCCAUCGCAAGAAGUGUGAUGGAGAUGACUAUAAAGAGCAUGAUGAUGGCGACGACGCUUCAACCACUGCCGCAUUUCCUUCCCCCAUCACACCCCCGUCACAGCCCAAGAAAAACGCGGAUGAAAGAAAGGCAAUGUUGGAGGCCGAUCCUCGCGCUGCCGAGGUUCGAGCAGAGUCGAUACUUUGCAAAAAGUGCAACAAGUGGAUUAAGUUGACCAAGGGGCGCCAGUACGUUCUCAGACAUUGGAACGAGCAUCAAUCUCGUUGCGACAUACAACCAAGCGAACGAGUCGCCGCUGCUGAGCGCAAGCUCCAGCUAGUGAAUGACUCCCAAGUGAAAUAUUUUACCGGAGAAUUGGUUCAAUGCGCAACCUGUGGCAUCACGAUCCAAUUGCAGGGCGUCGAGUACGAACUAACGGAAUGGAUAAAACAUAAGGGACUGAACUGUGGAAAUCGUCCGAGUGAUAACGGUGAAGAUGCAGGCUCCCUCGAUCAACAAAAUACGCUUCCAUUCCCAUCCACGCGACCCCCACCUUCGUCAUCCUCCACCGACGGCACGCUAAUUGCCACCGGCCCUAGUUCUGGGCCCCGUGAACUCUCACCCACCCAUGGAGUCAAGCGGGCGCGCGAAGAGGAGGAAGAAGCUGAGCCUUCCGACAAUGAACAGCCAGAUCGUCGACCUUCGAACCGACAAAGAGACGCUGGAUAUGCUCCCGAAGAGCGGGAGCCGCCGAGCGUACUGGGGUGGUUUAUGCUACCAUUUGCCGCCUUUGUACGUGGGUUCCGUGAAAGUCUGGGGUCCAGGAAUACCUAG